AUAAAGUAUUUACAAACAUAUUUAUGAAAGCAAAUGCUAUAUUGCCGUGCAAUUAGUAUGUUUAAAUAGACUUAAAAGACGCUAUUUCGUGAGGGAUCUGUGCAGUUGAUAUUCGACAACUCGUCAAAUUGAAAUGAAAGUCGACAUGGAAAAUCACAAUUUGACCGAGGAACAGGCAAACGGAGACGUUGAAAAGGAAAACAUUGAGCAUUUACCAAAGGAAAUGUCACGACUUCCCGAAAUGAGACUUUUGACCAAAGAACAAUCUUCAUUUAAUUCGGAAGAAAAUGGAGGAAAAGUGAAUUUCAACUGGUGUGAGCGAUCUUUGGGAGACGAGAGCGAGGAUGAAGAAAUUGAUAUAGAUGACAGUGGCUUCCAAGAAAGCGAUUCACCGAUCUCUCCGUUAGAUGAAGCUGACAAAUUUGACUUUGAAAAUCUAAGUUCGAAUACAUCGGACUCGGAGAAAAAAUCGUCCAAAUCAAACCUCGUGAAACCUCCGUAUUCCUACAUCGCUCUCAUUACUAUGGCAAUUCUACAAUCAUCCCAAAAACGACUGACACUGUCAGGAAUUUGUGAAUUUAUCAUUAACCGUUUCCCAUAUUACCGUGAAAAAUUUCCAGCUUGGCAGAACAGCAUUCGGCACAACCUCUCCCUAAAUGACUGCUUCGUAAAAAUCCCCCGAGAGCCGGGGAACCCUGGGAAGGGUAACUACUGGACCCUGGAUCCCCGCAGUGAAGAUAUGUUUGACAACGGGAGUUUUCUCCGCCGAAGAAAACGUUACAAGAGGAACCCCAUAGAAAUGCACCAACAGUCAACAGCCUUCAUGUCCUCGGCCGAGCAAUACCUCCAUCACCACCCAUUUCUACCCUCCCCGAUGCACGCGCACCAUUCAAGGCCCGGAGUCCCCUACCCCUAUAUGUCUCCGAUGAUGGCAUCACAGUUACCGUUUUUUACCCAGUCCGACUUUCCGGGUCGACCUGCUUUACCUUCCAUUCCAUUCACAAUGGCUAAUUCAAUCCGAGAAAAUUCGCUACUUGGUCCCCUUAAGCCAUUUUCACCCAGCUCAUCGUCCACUGGACCUACACCCCCGAGGAGUCCCGAAUCUCCACCCAGCACCAGUACCAAAAAGGGUUUUUCCAUAGACAGUAUAAUUGGAAAUUCCGACAGCAAUAAAAAAUCUAGUCCUAUACCUUCCACAAGUUCAUCGCCAUUUCGUUCAACUUUAUCAAAUACCAGUGUUGGAAGUUUGGGUGUGUCCCCGGCCCUGGCGGCGAGUAUGAGGCCGGGUUUUUUUGACAUGUCACGUGUGGGAAAUGCCGCCCUUCUCGCUCAAUUCCAAUCAGCUUUACCCAGCAUGAACCAAAUAGACAUUGAAAAAUAUAGACAAUAUUUUCAAGCAUGUGGACUCGGCGUAUGGCACCGAUAAAUAUUUUGAGUAUGUAUGUCUUUUAAUAUUGUCUCAGACCAUUAAUAUUUAUUGAUAUUAUAUUGUUCUAUACAUGUGCAGAUUUUGUAAUGUAUUAUAUUACAUGUAGUUAAUUCAUGUCUGUUGAAUGUCAUGUAUUGUUUUUAUCAAGUGCUGGCAAUAUAAAAUUUAUAGCUUUAUUCUC